UGCCUGACUUUGCUGGAAUAUGCAGAAAAGUGGAAAACAUCAGAAGAUCCUCUGCCAUUGUUAGAAGUGUACACGGUGGCUAUCCGAAGCUAUGUUAAAGCACGACCUUUUCUUACCUCUGAGUGUGAAAAUGUAGCCUUUGUGCUUGAACGUUUAGCACUAAGCUGUAUUGAACUCCUACUGUGUCUGCCUCUUGAUUUACCUGAAAGUAAAUGGGAAGAAUUUCAGGCUUUUGUACAGGUGGCGCAUAAAAACUUGAUGGAAAAUGGCAGCCAGGAACUUCAUAUUUUAACUACACUUACUCAAGAGAAGGGAGUGUGGAAGAACCCAGUGUUGUGUAGUAUUCUUUCCCAGGAACAGCUGGAUCCAGAUAAAGUGAAUGAAUUUUUAGUGUUUGAAGGCCCUGUCCUGCUGGAUAUGCGUAUUAAGCACCUAAUGAAAACAAAGCAAUUAACACAAGCUACUGCCCUGGCAAAACUGUGCUCUGAUCAUCCAGAAAUAAGUGCAAAAGGCAAUUUCAAGCAAACCUACCUGGUCUGUCUGUGUUCAGGAUCACCAAAUGAAAAGCUAAUGGAAGAAAUUGCAGAAGUAGAUUGCAAAGAUGCUCUAGAAAUGAUUUGUAACCUAGAAUCUGAUGGAGAUGAAAAAAGUGCUCUAAUUUUAUGUGCAGCAUUUUUAUCUCGCCAGCUGCAGCAAGGAGAGAUGUACUGUGCCUGGGAACUGACUCUUUUCUGGAGUAAACUACAGCAAAGGGUAGAGCCUUCCAUUUCAGUGUAUCUAGAGAGAUGUCGUCAACUUUCUGUAUUAACUAAGACUGUUUAUCACAUUUUCUUCCUGAUUAAAGUAAUUAAUUCUGAGAUUGAUGGUGCUGGGCUUGCAACCUGCAUUGAGCUGUGUGUGAAAGCACUACGCUUGGAAGCCAGUGAAAAUACAGAUGUCAAGAUAUCUAUUUGCAAGACUAUCUCCUGUUUGCUUCCAGAUGAUCUGGAGGUUAAACGUGCUUGUCAGCUGAGUGAGUUUCUUCUCGAACCUACUGUGGAUGCAUAUUAUGCUGUAGAAAUGCUAUAUAACCAACCUGACCAGAAGUAUGAUGAAGAGAAUCUUCCAAUACCAAAUUCAUUGCGCUGUGAGCUCUUACUUGUACUGAAAACUCAGUGGCCUUUUGAUCCCGAAUUCUGGGACUGGAAAACUCUAAAGCGUCAGUGUCUUGCACUGAUGGGAGAGGAGGCGUCCAUCGUGUCUUCAAUAGAUGAACUCAAUGACAGUGAAGUUUACGAGAAGGUGGAGGAUUGCCAAGAAGACAGUAAAGAAACUUCCCUGAAUGGGCUUGCUGGCAGUAUUGAUGAAGCUACAAGCCUUCUCCGAGGUAUCAGAGAUGAAAAGCAGAAAAAGAGAGAAAUUAAAAAACUCCGAGAGAGGGGGUUCAUAUCAGCUAGAUUUAGGAACUGGCAAGCUUAUAUGCAGUAUUGUGUGUUAUGCGACAAAGAAUUUCUAGGCCAUAGAAUAGUUAGGCAUGCGCAGAAACAUUAUAAAGAUGGAAUUUACAGUUGUCCUAUUUGUGCCCAAAAUUUCAAUUCUAAAGAAACCUUUGUUCCUCAUGUAACUUUGCAUGUUAAAAAAUCCAGCAAAGAGAGAUUGGCUGCUAUGAAACCACUGAGAAGGUUGGGAAGACCUCCUAAAAUAGCAACUACCAAUGAGAAUCAGAAAACUGAAUCCAUAUCCAAACAGGAUCAGCGACCCAUUAAGAAAAACAGUCUCUAUUCAACAGACUUCAUUGUUUUUAAUGACAACGAUGGUUCAGAUGAUGAAAAUGAUGAUAAAGAUAAACCUUAUGUACCAGAGAUCGUGCCAGUUCAAAAGACACUACCUGUUAAUGAAUUCACCUGCCCUGUAACAUUUUGUAAAAAAGGCUUUAAAUAUUUUAAAAAUCUGAUAGCACAUGCAAAGGGGCAUAAAGACAAUGAAGAAGCUAAGCGUUUUCUUGAAAUGCAAAGCAAAAAGGUGAUUUGCCAGUACUGUAGACGACAUUUCGUAAGUGUCACUCACCUGAACGAUCACUUGCAAAUGCACUGUGGCAGCAAGCCUUACAUCUGCAUCCAGAUGAAAUGUAAGGCUGGCUUUAACAGUUAUGCUGAGCUGCUCACUCACAGGAAAGAGCAUCAAGUCUUCAGGGCAAAGUGUAUGUUUCCCAAAUGUGGCAGAGUGUUUUCCGAAGCGUAUUUACUCUAUGAUCAUGAAGCACAACACUAUAAUACUUACACGUGCAAAUUCACUGGCUGUGGCAAGGUGUAUCGUUCUCAGAACGAGCUGGAGAAGCAUGUGGGGGAUCACAACAAGCAGCCUGAAAAAGCGCUGCAGCCUGAAGAGCAGCCGAACCAAAGUGAUCCUAGCCAACCUUGCAAGGAUAAAGCAAGUGCCGACGGCGUUGAGGUUAAAGAAGAAUUGACAUCUCCUCCAGCUGACCAUCUAAGUAGUUUUACCGAAGGAGAAAACCCCGUUUGGGAUCAAGUCAAAGCAGAACCAGCGCGGCCUGAGAGCGCCAGCGUCCCCGCGAGCAUCCCGAGGCAAAGCGAGGCCUCAGAGCAGUCUGCCACCAGCUCAGUGAGGACAGAAGCGGCAAUUCCAGCAAGCAGUGUUAAACUCUCUGAUGUUAAUCAGAAGCUCCGAGAGAACUUUGUAAAACGAGGUAAAUUGGCAGCUACUCCCAGUAAAAUAGAUACCACUCUAUCUGGAAGCCAGCAGUUGUGUUCAUCAGUUGAUCCUUGUCUUCCAGUUUUCCAAGAAAGAAAGGAAGAAGAUUGUCUCAGUCAGUCCCAGAAUAUUCAAAAUAUUUCUGUAAGUUCAGAAGCACUAAAACCCGAAGCUCUUGAAUCCAAAAGCUUAGACAGACAAGUGAGUGUUGUAAAUCCAUUCAGCAUGCAGAAUCAGACAGGGUAUCGAAACAGCAUCCCCAUUUCCAAACUUGAAAUUGAAGACAGUAUUAAGGCUGCGGCUAAUCUAUACAACCUGCCUUUAAAAACGCUAGAGAGUAUUACGUUUAUUCCAUCACAGCCUAGCAUAAAUAGUUCUUUAGUUCCAGCUGUGUCAGCAGCAACCCCAGUUCAGAAAUUUAAUUGUCAAGUUGAAGGGUGUACUCGAACGUACAACUCAUCACAGAGCAUUGGCAAACAUAUGAAGGCAGCCCACCCUGAUCAAUAUGCUGCCUUUAAAAUGCAGCGUAAAAACAAGAAACCUCGAAAAUCCAGCAGUUCGCAAAAUACGCCAGAUGAUGGGAAGAUUGUGUAUCUGAUGCCAUCGCAAGUGGGCAAUCCGAGCAGUGCUGCUUUUGCUGCACAAAAUAAAACUAGUUUGAAUCCCACCUGUUCCAGUCACGUGCAGCAUGUCUCAAGCACGCUCUGCCCAGACCACCUGGAAAAUUUGACUAAUCCUGGGUUGGCUACAGUGGAAGGUGUCAUAAAUCCAAGUUUGUCUACUCGUAUUAAAAGCGAGCCUGAGAGUGUUUUAUGUUCCCAAAUGGAGAAUUUGUCCGGUGCAGCUUUAUCUACCCCGUUGGAAGAUCUGGCAAAAACAGUGAUGCCUUUGAAUAUUGAUGGCAAUUCAGAUCCUUUUCUUCCUUUGCCUGUGGAAAAUGGUCCGAUGUCUCUCUUUCCUUCACCAGGAGAGAGUGCUCCAACUUCUGUCUUCUCGCAACUGGAAAAUAAUACAAAUAACUUCCCAUCACAACUAGAAGGAAACAGUAGUUCUGCUUUCCCCAAAGAAGAAAGUGUUGAUUCUAUAUUUCCCUCACGAGUGAGUAGUGAAAAUAACUUCAACGAAAGUAGUUCGCACCAUCCAUCUGCAGACAAGAUGAAAAAAGAUCAGGGCCGGGGUCCCAAUGGGAAAGAAAAGAAGCCAAAGCACAACAAGCGGGCUAAAUGGCCAGCAAUAAUUCGGGAUGGCAAAUUCAUCUGCAGCAGGUGUUUCAGAGUUUUCACUAAUCCUAGAUCACUUGGUGGUCACUUAUCAAAGAGGUCCUACUGCAAGCCUCUUGAAGGAUCAGAAAUCUCCUCGGAAGCUCUGCAAGCGAACGGACAGUCUUUGCUUGCCAGUAUGAUUCUUUCCUCAAAUUCGCUGAAUUUGCAACAGCCGCAGGAGUCCACCUUCAACCCAGAAUCAUGCUUUAAAGAUCCACCAUUCCUGCAGUUGCUUGCGACUGAAAAUCGACCCACAGCCUUACUGCAGACUAUGUUUCCACGGGCCAAUGUGACUAACUUUAAUAGCAGUGGGAAUGAGGAAGGAAAUCAAAUUAUAAAGCAAGCCUUGGAAACUGCAGGCAUCCCAAGUACCUUUGAUAACACAGCAGUACUUCCACAUGUAGUUACAACAAGUUGUGUCACGGGUACCACGCAAAUAAAUGCAGCCCUUCUCCCCAGUUCAACUGUGGCACCUCUGCUGCAGACAGUCUGUAGCCCAAAUACCCUGCUAACAGACCAAAACAGGACCCUAAAUGCCAAAACUCCUUCAGUGAAUGAAUGCAAGACUUUGCCUGUUUUUGCCACAGAUGAUUUAAUGUUAAAGACUAUUGAAAAUAAUUUAUGUUCUAGCUCUUUUUCUAAUACCAUUGCAGCAGCACAAAAUUUUGCAGGGAAUAGCGCACGAGUUUCAGUUAUAAGUAGUCCCGAUAACACAGGAUCAAGUAACUUGGAUAAGAAGGGAACCAGCACCUCAAAGAGGAAGAGAAAAGCAGCUACGCCCUUGCUAGCCCCUAACAUAUCACAGAAAGUAGUAGUAAAUAAUGUACCAACAAUAGGACUUAUGGCCAAAAGCACUGAAGCAAAUGUGCAAAUACAAGGAGAAAAUUUUCAGUCAAGCUCGCUGGCAAAUUGUGAUUCGCAAGUAGCGGUGGAAAAUCUCACGCAGAAGCUAAAUAAUGUUGACAAUCAAUUAUUCAUGGCCAGUAUCAAAGAGAAUUUCAAAACAGAUCUUGAGACUCGGACAACGUUAACCCCUUUAACAGUGAAAACUGAAAACGGGGAUUCUCAAAUGAUGGCUCUAAAUUCUUGCGUACAAGCAAAUUCUGGCAAACAGGUUUCAGAAGACAAUGUUAUUCAGAACUUUGAAAAAACUCUUGAAAUAAUCAAAACUGCCAUGAAUUCGCAAAUACUUGAAGUGAAAACUGAAAUUCAGGAUCCUGUCACAGCUUCAGCACCGAACUCGCAAGUGAGUAACGGACCGACCUCUUCAGGAAGUUCUUCGCUUAAUGUGAAAUUACCCCCUCACGCACAGCUGGCAGCGCGUGCAGGGAACGUCCCCGCUGCAAGGGGUAACUCCACCCAGCCGGAGACGUCCCAAAAGGACGAUAUGCAGAUGUUGGAGAUCUUGGAGGGCUUGCAGAAAUUGAAACUCGAAAACGAUUCAGCCGUUCAGGUCUCUGAGGCCGUUCCCCAGUGCCCUGCAGCAGAUGCGCUGCCCCCAGCGCUUCCCGUUGUGUCCACGGAGAGCAAACCCCUCAUCCAGGCGUCUUCAGAGACCAGCGCCGUUCAGUUUAGCGACAAAGUCAAUAAGCCUUUUGUGUGCCAGGACCAGGGCUGCAGUUACAGCGCUAUGACAAAGGAUGCGUUAUUUAAACACUAUGGCAAGGUUCAUCAGUACACUGCGGAAAUGAUACUAGAAAUCAAGAAACAUCAGCUGAAGUAUGCCCCGUUUAAGUGCGUCGUAGCUACCUGUCCAAAAACGUUCACGAGAAACUCCAAUCUCCGAGCACACUGUCAGCUUGUGCAUCACUUUACAACAGAGGAGAUGGUGAAAUUAAAAAUUAAAAGACCUUACGGCAGAAGAUCUCAAAAUGAAACUGUAAACACAGCCCCAAGACCCGUUGAAAUAAAUAAUUUGCAGACACUAAUAAUGGAGGAUAAAAUUGCAGCUCCAUUGGUCAAAGAAGCGCAGAUAAAGGAAGCUGUAGAGCCCGUAAAGAUCACAGAAAAACUACUACCAGAGAAAAGUAUUCCUGAACGACUGGAAAUGCCUCCCCAGGUGGUCUCCCUUCCGCCAGACCAGCAUAACGCAGCACUGCUGGGUAAUAUUCAGGCGCAGCCAAAAGUGCGCAAAGUCAGGAGGUACCGAAAGGAAAAGGAGGAGAGGAAAUGCAGGAAGCCUGUAACAAAAUCUCUGGAGCUUCCUACCAGAUACAGCCCUUACAGACCGUACCGGUGCGUCCACCAGGGCUGCUUUGCAGCCUUCACGAUACAGCAGAACCUGAUUCUGCAUUACCAAGCUGUGCACAAAUCAGACCUUCCUGCGUUCCCGGCGGAGGUGGAGGAGGAGAACGAGGCAAGCAAGGAGGAGCGCGACGAGGCCGAAGGCAAAGCCGCCGUCAGGGAGUUCAGGUGCGAGGUGAGCGACUGCUCGCGGAUAUUUCAGGAGGUUACCAGCCUGAUCCAGCACUAUGUGAAGCUUCAUGACAUGAGCCCCGAGGAAAUCGGAAACAUGAAAUCGGCGCUGGACGGGGGAAGGUUUUCCUGCGACCAGUCUCACUGUAAGUCUUCGUUUACGGCGUAUCUUAACUACGUUGUACAUCUGGAGACAGAUCACAGUGUUAAGAUAAAGCCCAACAAAGUGGAGGAAGACGGAAUAUUCAAGUGUGACUGUGAAGGCUGCGACCGUAUUUAUGCUACCAGAUCUAACCUCCUAAGGCAUAUUUUUAAUAAACAUAAUGACAAGCAUAAAGAUCAUCUAAUAAGGCCCAGGCGACUGACACCAGGUCAGGAAAACAUUUCAAGUAAAGCGAAUCAGGAGAAACCCGUGAAGUCUAAACAGAGAGGCCUGAAACCCCGAUCGGGAAAAGAAGGUAACAGGCCGUCGGUGAAAACAAAGCGGAAGAAAAAUGUUAGUUUGGAAAGCAAAAAUUCCAAAGGAAUGCAAGUCCAAGAAAACAAGGCUUAUUCGCUGAAGCGUGGGAAGCACGUGUAUUCAAUCAAGGCUAGAAAUGAUGCCUUAUCUGAAUGUACCAGCAGAUUUGUAACCCAGUACCCAUGUAUGAUAAAGGGAUGUUCCUCGGUAGUUACAAGUGAAAGUAACAUCAUAAGACAUUAUAAAUGUCACAAGUUGUCCAAGGCAUUUACUUCACAACACAGAAAUCUCCUCAUUGUAUCUAAAACGCACUCGGUGCCACAGGUAAAGGAAGAAUCCUGUGAGCAAGAGGAGACUAAUGAGAAAAGUGACGUGAAAGAGGCCGAACCAACCUUGUUAGUGAGCAGUAACGAUUCAAGCGCAUCUGCGUUACCACAGAAUGAAACCGAAAAAGGUGAGAAGGAUGAAGUGGAUGAACUGACAGAGCUAUUCAUUACUAAACUGAUUAAUGAGGAUUGCUCAAGUGCUGAAAAUCAAGCAAAAAUCGCUUCCAGUGUAAAUAACAACUCGCAGGAAAACAGCUCCUGCCCCUCAGAAAAGCAAAAAUCAAAUAACUUAAAAAGAGCAAACAAAGAAAAGAACGUGUCCCAGAGUAAGAGGAGGAGGACUGAG